AUGGAAAAAGAGCCAGAGCGUGAGUUAAAAUAUGGCUGGUCUACUUUCAAACCCAGAUGGUUGCAGAUUGUUAACAAUGCCAAAUGCUUUCUCAUGGCUUCUGUGUUUAUUUGCACUAUUCAAGGUUCGUCAGCUGAUCAUAUUUUCUGUUUGCUCCCCGGGGAGUGUUCCCUUGAAUUUUCCGCGACUCUAAACCUUUUCCAGGGAAGAUAGAGAUGAAUAUUUAAUUUGAACCUGUACAAACAAAUUUUUAGUGAUCCUCACUUGACCGUGUAGGUCUAAGAAAACGCACCCACUGUGCUUGACCUUGCUACUGUUUCCCAAUCUUUUCGUUUGAAGGCCUAAUCUAAAUUCACUUUUAUGAGAACAUGGAUCAUCUCAUAUUUUUUAUUCUCGUUUCGAGAGCCCUUCGUUUCUUUGAUGAAAUAAACCGAGUAGCUCUGGUGACGAAAAUGUUGUGAAUAGAGUGUUAUCACUCACGUUGCCAUUUAUUGGAACAAAAGAAAGCGUUUGCAUAAGAAAAGAGUUCAACUCUCAGAGGACUGGUUUGGAACACCAACAUGGCCGCCGUUUCAUUGGUUAGAGACACCAAUAUGGCCGCCGUGAUGUCAUGUGAAAACACUAUAUUAUCUUUGUUUGAUCCCUCUGCACGCUUAAACUGAGAGCUGCUUUCCUCACUUUAAACCAGUAGCGUACAAGACUGAUCCCGUGUGAACAUGCUACCGUACAUACACCCUUUAUCGGAAAGCAUCCAGUUGGAAACUGCUCCUUGUGAACAUAACUUAACAAAAAAGGGAAUCAAACCUGAACCCUGAUGUAAAAGUCCGUUUCUUACAUAGAAAUGCAGCUAAAUGCACUGUCACUUCCUUUGGGGACUUUAAUACGAGUAGAUCAUCAAGUGGAAAAAAGAUUGACAGAAAGAAGAUGAAGUUGGGUGACUCACCUUCAGGCCAUUUUUAGUAACAUCAUGUCCAUAUGAGUCAAUUAACGUGCAGCGUGAGGCUUCUUGUAUAUCUUUAUUAACAGUUAAUUUGUCUUUUUUUUGCCUUAUUCUUCGUUAGGUAUGACUGUUGGUGGAUUCACAAAUAUAAGUCUUCCCGCGCUUGAGAAACGUUUUCAGUUUAACAGCAAGGAACUUGGUCUUAUUGCUGCUUCCAACGACAUAUCCUCUGUAUUGCUCAUCUGUUUUGUUAGUUUUUAUGGGCAGUUUGGAAACAAGGUCAAGUGGCUGGGAUAUGGGACUAUAAUAACAGGUUUGUGCAGUCUGGCGCAUGGGUAAUAAUUCCGACUACAUUGAGCUUGAGAAGAACUUAUAGACUUAAUAACUGGGGAAACUUAUCGAUUAGUGAAAUCUAUAGACCAAAAAGGCACCUAAAGGCAACACUGUGUAAGGGAAUCUGUAUUUCAGAAUGUCGGCGGGAAAUGUUUGCUUGAGGAAUCCGGAAUCCUAGGCUUUGGAAUCCGGAUUACUGCUCAAGGAAUCCCACUAACGAUUGGAAUCCAGAAUCCAGAAUCCAAGUUCCACUGAAAAAGACUGGAAUCCAGUACCUGCAAUCGGGCAUCCACGGCGUGGAAUCCAGAAUCCAAGAAUGUCUUGGUUCCCAUGGGGCGAAUGGGUUAUAAAAAGAAACAUUUUCUUUAAUAUACAUCAGUGUGAGUGUUCUUUUUUUUCUACUAAAACUUUUGCAUGUCAUAUAAUAAUUCCUCGGUUAAGUAGACUGUGAGCAAUGCUUUUUCAGUCCUGAGUCGAGUUGAGGUUUGGCAGGAUUACAGGAACACCCAACAAAUCGAGAGGGUGACUGGAACGGCCUCGUAACACUUAAAUUUUCGAAGAUCCAUUCCUUGUAAUUUUCAAAGCCUUUCCUUUGGUUUCUUGUUUCCCUUACUUCGGCGAAAUCAAUUUUUUUCAUAACGCUUUCACUUGCGCAAUAAUCCGGAAUAAUCUUGUAAAUAAUUGUGACGGUAUUGUGCAAUAGAACAUGAGCAAUGACCUCUCGCGGCUGAAAAAAGUGAAAAUAAUUAUGUAUUUUUUUGUUAGGGAUUGGUUGUUUUACGUUCGUUCUUCCUCACGUUAUAAGCGACACAUAUCAGCCGAAUUUAGAAGACACCGGCUCGCGGAAAAUCGAAGAAUGUGUGGUCAGUAACAACACCGGCUUAACGAGUAAGAGCUGUUUCUCAGGAUACGGAUCAAACAAGUUUUACCUGUUUAUCUUCUGCUUUGCCCAAAUAAUUAUGGGUGCUGGCACGACUCCGCUGUACUCACUUGUGCCAGCUUACAUUGAUGAAAACGUGAAUCCAAAAACCUCACCUGUUUACUUGGGGAUAUUUUAUGCGGCUGCCAUAACAGGUCCCGGGCUUGGGUUUGUGGUUGGUGGCGCAAUUUUAGGUGAUGUUUACAUACACGUCAAACAGGUAGGUUGACUGAUAAGACCACUUCAGUGAAAUUUAUGCAAUCUCCUAUAUGGUCUAUAUGGCGUGUGACCACCGCAAAAAUUCAAGUUAUCUAAUUUCUGUAUGUCGCUAAAUUGUGGCCAUUAAACGUUUCGUUCCCCUAGCAAAUUCUGUCCUGUGUUAUCAAAUUCGACUACACUAAAUUCUAUUCUGUGUUUCUAAUUUCAAUACUGAUAUAACGCCAAAUUCGAUGUCUUGGCAUCACGUUCUAGCCUCUCCGCAGACGUCCUUUGGGGCUCGGUCCGUGGGGGAGAAAUGAAUGCGUGACAAAAGAACCCCAAAGGACGUCUGCGGGGAGGCUAAUCACGUUCUGUCACACCAAAUUCUUUGCCCUGGUUUCAAAUUCAUUUGCACCAAAUCCUAUGCUGUGUGCCAAUUUCUAUAACUCCAAAUUCGGUCACACCAAAUUCUGUAGGACACAAUUUUUUUUACUCUUAUAAGUCAAAUGGCAUUGAUAGAGAGCUUUACAAUCACGUUAACGGCAAUCCUCGAUUUGCACCACGUGACAAGUCCUCUUUACUUAUCGUUAUGCUCCUUUCGUUAUCCACACGUACGCUGUACAAUUUCUAAUUAAUUUUAAGACAUCUUCAAAUUGAAUCUUGCUUGCCGUAAAGAUGAUUAUAAAAUUCUCUAAUGUCUGGUUGCUGUCACUCAUGCGUUAAUACCGAUAAGGAGCCAAAUGUUCAUUGUCAGUCACUAACAGUGUUAAGUAAGAAUCACUCCAACUGUCAGUAAGUCAGACUCGGAAUUCGUCCUGACAAAGGGCUCUCGCGCGAAACAUUGGUCAUGAAUUGACCAAUACUAUUAACUCGUUCGGUGUUCAGUUCGAAACCAUCUUUUUGGCCCCCUUCCUCAGCAACGCAGCACCUUUUUACCCUAACCCCUUUAUUUUCAGAUAGUAAGAUAGUAUGUUUAAGUUAUAUCAUACUUUGGUUACUUUUGCGUUAGUUUUUUUACCACUCUAAAGGCGUUUCGGGAUAUUUUUUCUUGUGCAGUUUAAACAGUCUUAAGAUUGCAAAAUUUUAAUAAAAGGAGUAAUGUGACGACAUCGUGAUGGCUGGGAGCGAAAAAGGCACAAGUUUUAAAAGUAUCUUUGAAGUUCGGAAGCUCCUAAGAGGUGAGAGCUCCUUCAGUCAGUGACCCCAGAGACUCGAAAAAAAUGGAGUUCUCAACAGAAGUCGGACCUAUGAGUUCCUGGUUACUGUACUCCAAACGUUCUACACCGCUGAUCUACAGGAAACCAUGCCAGCAGUGGGAACCAAGGCAUUAAACUAAGUUAAUAUGACAGACAUCCCAAGACUGGGAUGUCUAUAGGUCGCUGAUUCGAAAUGAUAUAAAUGUGACAGUAAAUAUUAAGCCUGAUAAAUAAAUAAGAAUGAUGUCGUCGGAAGUCUUUUUUUUCCGGAACUUUCGAGGUCACCAGGUCAAGGUCGUGGUCGGAGGCCACUGGCUUUUGUUUCUUUGCAAUGCAUAUUAUAGACUACCCAAAGUUACUAUGACUGGAUUUCAUGCUCUUUUAUUGAGUAACAUCAAGUUGUUUUUUGUUCAUCUCUAGCCCAAGGGAGCCAGAUUAUCUCCAAGGGACCCUCAAUGGAUUGGGGCCUGGUGGUUAGGGUACGCCUUGUCUGCUGGUCUGAUGAUAUUAUUUGCAAUUUUGAUCCUUGGCUUUCCCCGCGAGUUACCCGGAUCAAAAGAGAAGCGUGAUCAAGCCAUCAAAGAGGGGCACUUGCCGAAAACAGAUCUCAAGUUGAGACGAAAAUUGAAAGAUAUCUUACCAGCUACCGUGCAACUGAUCACAAAUCCAACGUACCUGUUUAACACCCUUGCCCUCACUGCAAGCUCACUCUAUGGUGGUGGAGUAGGUCCCUUCAUUGCUAAGUUUGCUGAGACAAACUUUGGUGUCCACCCCACCGUUGCUGGACUGACGCUUGGAACAGUCUUUAUGGUUGGAGCUGCAGGUAAGUGCAAAUUGAGAUGAAUACACAGUGGAAUCUCUAUUCAGGGCACACCCUAGCUCAGGACCAAGACAAGUGUCCCCUGAAUACUUGUUAGAGGUGUCACCUGAAUGGAAGUUGGGUUGGGGAUUGUUAAUAAAUAAUCAACAAAUAAUAUAUAUAUUUUUUAUUCUGCCUCGGAAUCUGCUGCGGUCAUUAUUUCAAGCAACUAGGUAAACUUAUGAUUAACUUAUCUCUGCCAUAUUGUGUGUCGAAUUCCCACAAUUGUAGUACAUCGAUUUAAGUAAAUGCUUGGAGCCGUGAAAGCUUUACGUUUCACUGGUUAACUAGCGUCUUAAACAGGGUAUUUACCUGGACCAGAAGCGUUUAAAAGAGUGUGACCGCUUGUGAUGAACGGUCUACAUUUGAGGUACCAACAAUUUUUUUUCCAAAAAAAUCUAAUCCCUGAUAUUAGUUUGAAACGUUACUUAAUCCUGAAAGCAAAAUGAAAAGUCAGGGUCAUAAAAUAAGGUCCCUCGUCUGCAAGGCUAGAGGUGACUGUAUAAUGGACACCCCGAUAAUACUGACAGCAUCAAAAUCCCAGGCAAAAAUUAAUUGCAGACGUUUGACUGAAAUAGACUCCCUCUAAUGAGGACACUAACUCGAGUCCCUACAGUAUCCGCUAUAAAGCGAGUUGACUGUACAACUUUUAGAUUUAUUAGUAACAAUCCGCGCUUUUCGCUUUCCUGUAGGUGGUAUAGUUUUAGGUGGUUUUUUGGUCAGGAGAUUCAGUUUAAAGAAAUCUUGCAGACUCUCUGCCAAGUGUUGCCUGAUUAUCCAGCUGCUUUCAGUUUGGACACCGAUUGCUUUCCUCAUUCCCGGAUGCGAUGACAUAAAUUUAGCUGGAGUAGUAAAACCUUAUUACAAUAGGUAUGAACUGUUUUAAACUAAGGUGGAUUGUUUUUAUUUAAUAGACUAUCAGAGAAAAUAAAAUGUAAGGAAUAUUCUGGCUGUUUUCAAUUUUUUAUUCCGUUUAUUAGGGACAAAGAAUGAUGGAGGGAAAGAAAUACGGUUGAUAAUGAUAAUGAUAAUAAUAAUAAUGAUGAUGUUGAUGAUGGUGAUGGUGAUGAUGACAUGAUGUUGACGAUGAUUAUUAUUAUUGUCCCAUUAUGGCUCUUGAUUAUUGUUAUUACUAUGUAUUUCUCAGCUUCUCGAAAACGUUUCAUGCUUCUAUAGCAAGGUGAUAUAUACAAUCGAGCCUGUAUAGCUAUAGAGUGAUCAUGUGUCCCCUUUCACGAGCAGGUGGCCACUCAAUAAAAAUUUGACUGUUUCACUUCCAUGGCAGCUCUUUAAUGGAGACUCGCAGCCCACUGGCUCCAUGCAAUAUGAAUUGCAGUUGUUCGUUGGCCAGCAUGAAUCCUGUUUGUGGACAGGACAAGCUGACGUACUUUUCGCCUUGUCAUGCAGGAUGUAAGCAAACUACAAAAACAAAGGUAAGCAAGGUGUAUUUUUGUGAAAAAAAAAAAAACAUUAACAAAAUCAAACACGCAUAUAGGUAAUAUAAAUUGAAGUAAGAAUUCCCCGUAAUGACCAAACGGAAGUGGUUAAUCCUGGAUUAAUAAGAUAUUUAUUACAUGGCCGUUUGGGCGUUAUUCUUGAAAUGAAUACAACAAAAAACUCGCCCUCGCUGUGGCUCUCAUCGUCCCUCAUAGUAAAGAAGUAUCGAUAAGCUAGUAUUUUUCUUUCAGUUAUUGAAAAGAUAGUUAUAUUUUGUCACGAAAUUUGUUGUUGCUUUCGCCAGUUGCGCUCGUAGCUCAGUUGCUCAAAAGUCAAAAGAGCCACAGAGCCGAGAAAAAUUUUCAUAAUGCCCGGUCAUUACAAAAGCGCGCGUACUAUUGCGGCAAUAUAAUAAUAGUUUUGUUACGGACUUCAAGGUGUUACUAGUCCUUGGCGCAGGGGCACUUCAAGCGCUAUUGUGUUCAUUCUCUUUUUAAAAGUUGUAGGUCUCCGUGUUUUAUUAGUGUGAUAUUUUUUGUAGUGAUUUUUUUUUCUUUAUUUCUUUUUGUGCUCACUGGCUCAUAGCCAGUUGAGCACUAUGGCAGAGCCUCUGUUAGUCGGUCCGUCCGUCCGUAAGGUAAUUUCUAUAUAUUGUUCUUGUAGCGCACGGCGUUAUAUCGCAAAAAUUUUCGGACCAGGAAGUGCCUGGCUGGAUACUUUCUAACGCCCUUUUUUUCAACAAUUUAAUAGUUUCUUUUUCUUCUUCUUCUUCUUUUUCAGCUCAACAAUUUAAUGUAUAUUUUCUCAUUUGUUGGCCAAUUGUAAUAGUCCUUGAACCAUAUCUGAAAAUGUUAAAACUGUGCUUGUAGCCGCUGAACCAAAAAGGCCUGUGUCACGUUUUUGAAAAAGUGCACGCAAUCUGCACCUACGUGUAGAUUUGGAAGUAGCUAAACAACGCAAUGCGACUGUCGUGAUGAAUGGUUUUUGGUGGACAUUCGGUUCGUUGUCACUUGUCGCGUUGUGUCACGACAUAGUAUCUAUCUGUGUUUUUUUUCCGACGAAAUUAACAUAAAACUCUUUUGUAAGCCCAUCAUUUUAAUAUCAUAAUAGAUUUAUCAUUUCAAAAAUAAUUAGACUGAAAGAAAUAGAUUUGUAAGAAGUUCAAUACUCGGUGGCGUCUUUUCUUUUCCAGGACUUUGCUAACUUCACGUGCUCUUUUUUUUUUCGCUUAAACGAAUAUUCUUCAAAGACUUACUGACAAUACCACACUUUUGCAGCACCCUCCCCCGCUAGCUGUAGCGGUUAGAAAAUAGACGAAAACAUACCGCGCCAACUCCAUCUCAACAACAACUAGAACUCUGUUUAAUCUCUCACAACACGUGACCUACGCUUUCCAUAAAUGGUAAUAUGACAUAAUGGUGUAAGGAAAAACGGCUACAUUCCUUCUCUUCUAACAGGAGCGAGGAAAUGUACAAUUAAAAUCAAAAGCUUAAGGUCCUAAAACUAGAUUACACUUAUUUUGAGCAUCUAAAACCGCGAUUAAGUUCGAGCGUAGUUUAGUCUCUAAACGUGCAACGACCUAACACCAACAAAUAACUUUGUCACUGCUUCGUCCAUGUCUCUAACAGACAACAAUUGCUCCAGAGUAUCUCGCGCUGUAAUAAUUUGCCUAAGCUCAACGCGAUCAAAGUCUGGGCUAUAGUCCAUCAAGCGCUUGUCCUUGUCCAUAGGGACAGAUUUCCUUGACAAAUCAUGGUUGUAGACAGGUUUCCAAAUGCGAGAUUUCGCAAGUCUUGUGCGACGCUUAGUAGGAGCAUAGGUGUGAACUACAACCGUGUCUUGGACUUCACCGGCUUCCACAAUUUCUCCAACCAGGAUCCCUUGAUCGGUGUGAGACCGUCGAUACGCAGCUUGAUCUAAGACUAGAUAAUAAGCUCCUCCAGAGGGAUCUCCUUCCAGGGAUAAGUAUGGGCAAUGUGCUGUGAGACCGCGCAUCCUUCCAAGUUUGGCAAGAAUUUGCUUGGCUGCUGGGUAGACAGAGUACAGAUGCUUGCAAGCUUCGCUAACUGGUGCCUUUCCUAGGGGUUCAAGAUACUGGGCCAGUUUGAGUGAGAUCCCCUCGUCUGCUUGAUUGUUCCUCUUGGGAAGGUAUAUAAUGAAUUGGCCAGGUUUGUAUUGUUCCUCUCUCUCCCUUGAUUGAACAGGAAGAGAUGCUCCUUGUGGGCAGGACUCUCUUAGUUCGCCAGGCUCGGCUUCUGGAACUGGUAUCAGCUUCUCGACGUUAGUAGGAGGUAAUUCUUCAUUGGUAAUGGCGUGCCUUAGACGAUAAAGAUCACUAUUCUUCAAACGCUCGCUGACGAUAUAAGGUCCGGCGUAUCUUCGGAUGAGUUUAGUAGCUGAUCCUUUUUCUACGUUUGAAGGAGGUGGUUUCCUGACUAGGACCUGCUGUCCGACAGAAAAUUCUCUAACGUUAGCAGACAAAUCGUAAUCAUCUCGUUGCCUUCUCCUUAGGUCCUUUUUGAUGCUGGAGAAUAGUUUGUGUGCCUCUGAAAUCCUUUGAACCAAAUGUUUUGCAUAUUCGUUCUUGCUGAUUGGCUCGCUUGGGAGCUGAAGAGCAACUGUCUCGGGUGAUGUUGCAUUACGGCCAAACAUGAGGAAGAAUGGUGUGAUACCAUCAGUGCCGUCGAUAGCCGAGGUGUUGUGCGAGUACACUGCUGGCUGCAAGUAGUCUUCCCAUUGUUUUUGCCAUUUGGACGCGAAAAUCGCAAGAGCCGAAUUCAUGAAGCGGUGAACACGUUCUGUAGCGCCAUUAGCUCGAGGGCGAUAGCUGGAUGUAAACACUUGUUUAAUGGACAAGAGUCUGGAGACUUCACGUAGUACAGCGUUUAAGAACUCUCCUCCUCGGUCACUGAGAAGAGUGGAUGGAAAAUCUAGUUUAAGGAACACAUUAUCGAACAGUGCCCUUGCAGCUGUGGUAGCACUCCGAUCUGCUGUUGGUAUUGCUACCAGGAAGUGAGAGAACGGGCAGACGGCGGUAAGUAUAUAGCGGUUCCCAUUGGAAGAUUUCGGGAAUGGUCCAACAAAGUCAAUUCCAAGUACAUUCAUUGGUUUGUCAUAGAACCGGGUAUGCAUGAGGCCAUGUUGCUGAUCGGUGGACUUAUGCUUGAGGCAUUCUAGACAUCUUGCAACCCAGCGUUUCGUUGCCUUCCCCAUCCCUCUCCAAUAGAAAUCUCUAGCGAGGGCAUGGUAGGUAUUAUCUCGUCCCCUAUGCAUCCCGAGGGGCGAGUCAUGAUGCGCACGCAGUAACCGGGACUUCAAGUCUUUGUUGUCAGGAACGAAGAUACGAAGGUGACUGGGGUCGUCAAGAAAUUCGUCUGAGUACAUAACAAGUCCUUCCAAAAUAAGACAUCGUCGUGCCAGGUUUUGAAUGCGAGUUUGUUCGCGGGACGAUAAGUCAUGAAGGGCAGACUUCUUACUUCCGGCUGAUAGAUACUUGUGGACGAGCUUUAAGGUUGGGUCUUGGAGUUGAAGAGUGAUAAAGUCUUGUCUGUUGGAUCCUAGGAGAGUAAGGGGUUCUUCUGUCUGGCUUGGAGUUGAGAGAUGCUCUGCUUUGGAAGGGGGAGAAGUGCUUGUAUCUGCCGUUGUCAGGGCAAAGGCCGUCAUAAAAGAUGAGAUGGUCGCCGUAAGAGGGGCGAAGUAGUAUGGAGUUAGCCCCAGUGCGGUGACCAAAUAAGCUGACACGUUUGCGGGUGGCAAUAUGUCAACAAAAGUGGCAGAUGAAACACUGCUCUCAGACCUGAUAAACUGGGUUACAGGGUAACGCGAAAGGGCAUCAGGAACGGUAUUACUGCCACCAGGGCGGUGACGGAGUUCAAAAUCGUACUCAGCAAGUGAGGAGGCCCAACGUGCUAGUUUAGCUUUAUGUGGAGCAAUAGAGCACAACCAUUUCAAAUUAGCGUGAUCGGUUUCGACAAUGAAUUUUCGACCCAAAAGAUAAGGGCGCCAUUGUUCAACUGCCCAUUUGACGGCAUAGAGUUCCUGUUCGCGCGUGUCCCAUCUUUUCUGGGUGGGUGAAAACGCUUGGCUUGCAUACUGAAGGGGUCGCAAGUGAUGCUGGUCAUCUUCUUGCAUAAGUACAGCGCCAACACCAAGCUGGCUCGCAUCUGUGUGUACGUGAAAAGGUUUGGACCAAUCUGGAUAUCGCAACAAAACGUCAGGGCCUGUGAGGGCUGCAAUGAGGUCAUUGAAUUCUGCUUCGACCUGAGCAGUUAACUGGAACUUUCUGUCCUUUUGUAAAAGUUCACGUAGGUGGUAAGUUCUUUGUGCAAAGCUUGGGAUGUGGUGCCUGUAAAAACCAACCAUUCCUAGAAACUUCUGAACAGCAGUUUGGGAGUUGACCAUUGGGAAAUCAGAGAUAGCUUGGACCUUCUUGAGGUCAGGGAUGCGACCAUUGGGGGUAACGAUGUGGCCAAGUACUUCGAGGUGAGUUGAAAAGAAUGUGCAUUUGGACGGUUUAAACUGCAUUCCAACUUGAGCAGCACGUUUAAAUAUCUGUUCGUAAUGUUCUAAGGCACCAUAGUCGGACAUACUACGUACAAUCAAAUCAUCAACAUAGGGCAUACAGAAACCAGUUUGAUUGUCACUACUGCCUGUUACAUUUCCCAUGAGGAAGUCUGAAAAUGUGGCCUGCAUAAGCCUUUGGAAGGUGGCGCCAGCUGUCUUAAGGCCGAAAGGCAUGGAGAAAAACUCAAACAAUCCACAGUGGGUGACUACGGCUGUUUUUUCACGGUCUUCCUCUCUGACGGGAACUUGCCAAUAACCAUUAGCGAGGUCUAAUUUUGCAAAUGUUUUACCACCACCAAGCCAGUCGAGGAUGUCUAUGACUUGAGGAAGUGGAAAUCCAUCACUCUUGGUGACUGAGUUAAGUGCGCGAUAAUCGACCACAAAGCGAGGAGGCUGGGGUUUGCCGUGUAAGUCCUUACGACGGACAAGAAUUGCUGGAGCACCCCAAGGAGACUUGGAAGGUCGAAUAAUGUCCUGUUUUAGCAUGGCAGUGAUUUGAUCACGCACGGCUUGAAGUUCUGACGGUGACAUCCUGUAUGGUGGCUUGUAGCAAGGCGGUGCAUUCCCAGUGUUAAUGUGGUGCUCAGUUCCAUGGAUACGCCUAAGCGGUGCACCAGGUAAUAGAAAUGCAUGAAGAUACUUCCGAAGUAAAGUGUCAAACUGAUUGAGGACUGCAGGCGCAGCUCUUUUCGCAGUUUCUGAUGAUAUUCUUCUGAAAAUGGAUCAAGUUCAACAACAGAAGUAGGAGGAAGGUCUCGAUCAUCCAUGUCAUCAGGCUGAUUGAAAGGAUGGAGUAAACGGGAGCUUUGAACAAGGCCGGCUGUAAUCAUUUCCUGAUUGGCCUGCUUAGGGCAGUGUGGUUGUACUGGGUCUCUUUUACUAAACCGGGUAGGUGAAGGGGUCUUCAAGAGAGGAGAUGCAUCAACAGGAGACUGACAGAAGAGCGAGUCAUAGGCAUCAAGUCAUGAAGAAAGGAUGUCAGCUGUGUGGUGUAGUGCAUCCUGGAAAUCAGCUUUGCUUUGAGCGGUACAAGGUGACAGAUAACCAAAGGUGGAAUGAUCAACAUGAGCGCUCUUCUUUGUACAUUGCACAACAACAUUCAUAGCUAUGAGUUGCUGAAAAUCAGGAAGAUCACCCUCGGAGGUGCCUGUGUCAGAAGGGAAGUCCAUGACAGUUCGUACUGCGGAUGCACUGAAGAUGCCAUCGAGGACUCUGACACCAGGUUCGAGUUCAUGACCAGUUAGGCAUAAGUCGUUUCCUAGCAACCCGAUGGAUGCUGCACUGAAGGUGAGAUAAACUGUGAGUAGGUUUAGACCGCGGUAAACGGUGGUCUUGGUGGGUGCAGAGUGGCUACUUGGUUUUCCAGUAAGAAGGCAGGUAACUGCAGCAUGGGGUUCCUGUGAGACAGGGGCUUUAUCACAUGAAAUAGUAAAAUUCAUAGCAGGGUGACGGAAUGUCACAGUUUUUUCUCUGUGAUCAGACAAGGCGUGAGUAGCUGCUAAGUGAUUUUCACCAAACAAGAGUGGCCAAGACAUAUUGGGCACGACAAGAGCGACAUGAGCAGUUUCCUUGUUUGGAAGCCAGGCAAUUGGGACUUCUUGGACACAAACAGCAUUCAGAGAGGCACUAGUGUCAGCCAUUUGUACUGGAAUGGGCUUUUCAAGUUUCUUGUACUUCAAUUCAGGUCUUGCGGAGUGGAUGUGCUGUGCAUGAUCCAGGCUACACAGUGUAACAGAACAACAGGCAUCAAGUGGGAGCUGAAGGACUUUACCAGCUGAGGUGACUUGACAUGACAAAAUAGAACGAUUCAGGUUAACAGACAGUUCACUUGAAGAAUGUGGUAAGGUCGGCAUCAGAAAUAGCGGAGGGUUGGAAGACUGAGACUGAACACCAGAGGAAGGUGGUUGAGAAGUGCGUGGUCCCAGUUGGGUGCCUGUGCUGGUUGAACUUCGCAGGAGUUUGCAUGAUUAAUAUCCUUGCAACCUGGCUUAGAACAAGUGUUACAGUUGUGAGGACGGCCAUAUCUACAUGACUGGUCUGGUAAAACGCAGGGAGGUCGUUGAUGUUUGUUCCAUAAACGGCAAAUUUCGUUACUUCUUUGAGGAUUCGUAGAAUUGUGGUUUUUCUGCGUUUUUUCGGGGCAGUUGCCUUUGGUGUGGCCAUAGGAAUUGCAGUUAUAACAGCGGGGUCCUUUGCCGCGACCACGAGGAAAACCAGGAGCUGGAUUAGUGGUAAGAGCGUUAGUUUGUUCCGGCGGUUGUUUAUUGGGUUGACUGUGCGAAGGACUGAAUGAACGCUCGAUUCGUUUUGGGGCUUCGAUGAUCUCAGAAAGAUCUUUGUAUUCUUCUGCUUUAAGCACCAUAUGUUUUUGAAUGUCUGGUUUCGUUUUGGAGAUAAACUGCGACAUGAUGAACUGAGGCGAGUUUCGGUCUACGGGUUCGCCCAAUUUAGCGAGGCGAUGAAGGUUGUUUUUGAAGCGAAAUGCGAAGCGAUCGAUCGAUUCUGUAACUCGCUGUUUCAUCGUAGAAAACUCAGACGCCAGACGACGGCGUUGUACUUCUGGUGGUUCGGCAAAUGUUGAUUUUAAAGCUUGUUUAAAACUGUCCAGCUUUUGGAGAGGAGUUGUUUCAUCUGUAAACUUAGUCUUUUCCAUUGACAACACGGAAUUUGGCCAUUCGCCAACGCAUGCUUGUUGUAGCAAGGUGAGCUUAGUUGCAGCUUGCAAAUGGGUCGUUUGAACAUCAAAAGAUUCGAGGAAUUCGUUAACGUCGUCGUGAGUGUUCUGGUCAUAACGAAAUUGCGGGAGUUGAAGAGCAGGCAUUCGUAAAGGCGUGGAAUUUACUUGGGCUGUAGCCGGAGCUGUGGGAGGUCCGCCAUGUGCGAGCAAUGCUUCAGUGAGGUUAGCGAUUUGAGUUUUUGUUGCCUUCUGUGCUUCCGCCUGCUGCUUGACAAUUGCCGUAAGGCCUGCCACGAUACCUUGUAAUUCUUCUACGGUGGUCAUUUCGGGAUUUUAGGUUCUCCACCAGAUUUGUAGCGGUUAGAAAAUAAGCGAAAACAUACCGCGCCAACUCGAUCUCAACAACAACUAGAACUCUGUUUAAUCUCUCACAACACGUGACCUACGCUUUCCAUAAAUGGUAAUAUGACAUAAUGGUGUAAGGAAAAACGGCUACAUAGCGAUUGACCUGGAGGCUUGUCGGCAAAUAUACACAACGGAAAGUUAGCUCAGGGCCUGAGCUUAACGAUGAGACCGACUAAGAUACUAAGCCCUUGUUAAAAAUUCGGUAAUGCGAAUAUUCUAGGGCAUUUUCCAGCAUGCUUCCACAAAUUUGGCUAGAAAUAGAUAAGUAUAUGAAUAAAUGAAUAAAUAAAUUAAAUUCUUCCUGAAACUGUUAUCCUAUUUACGAACCAAAUUGGUGCUUUUCCUACCUUAUUACCCUGCGCUUGAACCGCUGCUCUGAAGAACCGAAUCAUAACAAUUCCAGACCCUGGUAUAAAAAAAAUACCGUGGGCGUGGUAGAGAAAUAACCAUACAAAAACAUGGAAAGGUGCUUUCAUUCUUGAUUUUAGGUAUUAAACUGUAGCUGCGUUGAUCUUGGGGGAAACAACACUCAAACCAGUUCAGCAAAGAAAGGUUACUGCGACCGUGGAUCUGGAUGCAAGAAUUACAAAUACUUCCUUAUGAUCAAUGUUUUGCUGCUUUCGGCGGUUUUCCUGAUAGCGAUACCAAACAAAACAGUGGUUCUACGGUAAGAAAGUAUAGCAUUACUAACGCUUAUUCCGUCUCACCUUGCAGCACUUCCACUGAUAUAGACUGCCGCAGUGGCUGGCGGUUUUUUUUAGUGUGGCGGAUUUUCACUUAUACGGGCGAGCGAGGUAAAAAGGGAAACCGCUGGUGGAGGGGGCGAGGGGAAGAGAGAGAAAACCCUCACUGCGUUCUCCCCUCACCCCCUCCCCAUCUUUUUUUUCCAGGUUCGAUCUUGGUUCAGCUUUCGCGCGGCUGAAUCUCAGUCACUUCACGAACCUCAAAAGAAAACACACAGAAAAAGAACUGCCAGCUACGCAGGCUACCACUGAUAUGACUCUCAACUGCGAAAGUAAAAGAACCCAUUCUGCUGAUUCACCCCGUGAGAGGGGGGAGUUGCCAUAUUGAAGUAACGGCAUAUUGGCCAUCUCGCUUAGGGGUAGAAAUUGCAGAUUUUGAUCUCACUUAAGGAAUUCAGGAUGAAAUGCCGAUUUUUUUAACCGAUAAAGGAAUCUUUUUAGUUUUCUGUAUAAAUAAAUAUCUAUAUGACAAAGAAACACGUGCCGACGUAUAAAUUGUGUUGAUGUGUGUGCCCAGAUUUUUCUCCCUUGGAGGCCUGGGGUCUAGAUUCUCCUUAAUACAGACAUCUCUUCCUUACGAACAGUGCCUGAGAUUUGAUUAAUUGGCUGCGAGCAGUUGAACAUGCGAUAUAAUGUUAGUUUAUUUGGCGAAAAAAUCACUGAUAUUAUCAAAUCACCAUCUUUUCUUUUUUAUCACCAAACAACAUGAUAUCAACAUGAUCCUAUAGCAGUUUGCAGGACGCGUGACAAAUAUGCACCAAUAAGGAUAAGACCUUGGUUUCCCUCAUUUUCCGUUGACUUUUCACUCCAUGAGUCUCUCCGUAGCUUAGUGUAUAAAGCGCCUAUACACGAUGUUCGGUAGAUCAUAGGUUCAUAUCCUGUUGAGGACUUCGCUAUAUGGGGAAAAAAAUAGCAAAAACGGAGUGAAAUAGCAUUAAGAAAAAUCAGCGAGCGGAGGGAGCCGGGCGGUGGACUGGGAAGGGGUAGCCACCCUUUCUUAGCAAAGCGAGCCGAGCUGUGGUUAACCUGAGAUCAGGCGUCUUUUUUUUUUUUUUUUUUUUUUUUUUUGCUUGGCUCGAGAGGGAAAAAAAAAAACGCCUGAUACAUUUAUUUAACAAGCAGUCAACCGCCCCCUAAUUUACAUAAUCUAACGUUUGCUUGACCUGUCAUGUUUUUAGCCAAUAAGCGUUUACCAAACGGGAAUCAAAUUUUGGCGCGAAUAAUGUCUCUUUUGAAAUCAGUUUUAGGGAAAAAAAAUUUUCAAGUACGUCCGUGUUCAGAUGGCGCUUCGUAAAAAAAAAAAAAAAAAUUAAUGUGUUGUUUUUGUGAUGAAAUAUACUGCUAGCUGGAGCUGUCGUACCUAUAUGAAUAGCUACAAAUAAUAAAGAAUUUACUGGUUAAAGCUCGUUGACUUCGUUCUGUACCGAAAGCAGUGGGAAAAAAAUUAGGCUGAAGCACCAUAUUUCACGAACUGAAAGGUGUUGUGAAAGCGAAGAUCGCUCAGAAUAAUUCGCAGCAUGAUUUCUGAAGGAGAAAAUACAGUCAAACCAGGUCAAGAUUCCAUGAUGAAUUGAUUAUUUGAAAAGUGAACCCGUUUGUCGCUUCUGUAACUUGUAGCCGGUAUCAAAUUGCAUUCAAAUGAUCGGUGAAGUUUUGACUGCAACUGUUUUGGUAUACGAUGAGAUGGUAAAUAUUUCAAUGGAUGAAACUUCUAUUUAGGCAUUCUUCAAAUUCAAGAAAAGUGAGCGGGCAGAAAUUUCAUAACGAACUCGCGUGUGUAUUCACUGCUUAUUACGCAAGCAAAAAUGCAGACUGAAAUCAACAACAACUAACGGAUGGCGUCAUUUUGGCGAAUCGGAACAGCGCAAAUCAUCCGCAUUGUUUCCUAUCCAAUCAGAAAAAAGUCCAGAUUCUGGCAUUUUUACAUGUGAUCCGACAGAGAAAUGUAUCAUGCCCUCUUCCCGUGAGAGACAUAAAGGGAUAAUAGGGAGAGGGCAUGAUCUCAGGCUAAGCUGUGGUCUGGGGACUAGCCGAUUUUUUUCGCGCCUUUUUCCUCAAUUGCGGAGCCUGAUCCUAGGCCAAUCAAACCUUAACUUAAGGGAGUCCCGUGAUGCUUAAAUUGAAACUGAAAGAAGCGCACCAUUUAGCUGUAGAAGAGCUCCAAAGGGACACGUUCCUGAUGCCCUGCGAGUAGUGGUUUCUACAGGCCGGACGCUAAGCGUAGCGUCCAGCCACUGCUCGCAGAGUACGUGCCUGAUAUCUACACGUACGUACAUAUUCAGUCGUUAAUAUUCCAUGAUCUAUGUCAGUCAACAUUUGCCUACCUUAUUUUAUUUCAUCAGGUGCGUACCAGACAAUCACAGGUCCUACUCUCUCGGAUUUCAAUUCAUCUUCCAGCGGUCGCUCGGAUUCGUACCAGGGCCCAUCAUUUUUGGAUGGAUGUUUGAUUCGGGGUGUCUAUUUUGGGGGGAAAGUUGCAACAGACGAGGCCGUUGCCAAAUAUACAAUAUGUGGAAUAUAGCCACGAAAAUUACCAUCUUUGGAUUUGUAAUGAAAGGUAAAUAUCUAAUUAAAGUGACAGAUAGUCAUUAAGGUUCCAGAUGAGUCCGCUCUCUGAUGAAAUCAGCAAUCCGCAAAAUAUUACAAUACUCCGUUGUUUCAGGAUCGUUUCUGUUACCACAGAAACACUUACUAGUGUGGUUGGAAGAUUACCUUAGUUUAUAAAUUAUAAUUAGUAACAAGUCGCCCUUCUGAAGGUUUUUCGUUUUACUUCAUUAUGUACAACCAAACCUCGAACCUUAGCCUGAGUAUCAGGCGUUUCUAGAGAAAAGGGGAAAGAUGGAAGCGAAAAAGGGAUCUCCUCUCCCCUAGCCCCUUAGGAACGCCUGAUGCUCAGGCUACUCGAACCUCGAAAUUGACUUUAAAACAGUACAAAUUGCCAGAAAGACGAUCCCAGCCUUUCGUUUUGUCCCACUAGUAGGGAGCGUAAGCAACGACGACGGCGACAGCAAUGAGAACGGCGAAAAAAACAAUAGAAAAAAUAACAACUUUAUACAUGCAACACACUUUGUGUACAUUUCUUUGCCUUCGCUGCACGACUACGACGUGAAAAUACCUAAUUUCACGUUUUGUCGAAGAUGUAACACAAGACAACGACUUUCUUUUUCGUUUCCUCAACCCCGAUGCAGUCUUUUAGAAUUCAAGUCAAGAAAGACUAAUUGAACGAGAUGGAAUAAGCGCGUAAAGUUAAGUGAAGUUUUUGCAGCCAUCGCCGUCGUUGUUGCUUAUAUAAUAGGGAGCUUUAGCAUCGACGACGGCAACGGCAGCGAAAACGUCAGAUUUAAAAUGAAUUCCCGUCUUUUCAAUCUUUGUCGCGUUUAUUCCAGUUUGCUGAAAAUGGCAAGUGUAGGCGAAUUUCCCUGGAGUUGAUUUCUUGAGGACCGCACUCAAGUUUAGAGAGAGAAAAAGAGAUUCGUCGUUGCUUGUUUACGUCCUCCAUAAAACUUGCAAUGAGGCAUUUUCACGUCGUAGUCGUGCAAGGACGGUGAAGAAAUGUACAAAAAAGCGUGAUGCACGUGCAAAGUUGUUGUUUUGCGUAAUAAACCUAUUGCUUUUUUGACGUCCCCGUUGCCGUCGCCGGCGUCGUUGCUAAAGCUCCCUAAUAAGCUUCCUAAUGUCCACAGACUCAAAAGUUAGCACUGCAUACUAAAUAGUUGAUACCACUGACGUUAAAGUACUGCUGAAGAUGUUUCAUUUGACUGCAUGGUCAAACUGGCAUAGGAUUUCAUCCACAGACUCAAAAGUUAGAACUGUACAUACUAAAUUAAUAUAUAGUACCAUGUGAACGUAUUGCUAAAGAGUCUUUUAUUUGAAUCACAGACCAUAGGAUUUCAUCCACAAACUGAAAGGCUUCAACCACUUAAUGAGACUUCAUCAUUCUUUCUAGGAGGCUUGGAGGAUGUUAUUCGACCGAGGCUGAACUCGAUCUGCAUAAUUCUUCACAUCAUGAUCAUACUCAGCCUCGUUCAAUAUAAUUGUUAAAUCUUAAGGGUGCGUUCGAUUGGGAAAUCCGGAUUUAGAUUUUCAAAAUCUAAAUCCGGAUUUCCCAAUCGAAAGCGAAAUCUGAAAACAUCCUCAGGGUGGAUUUCAAUUAAGAAAUCCAAAUCUGGAUUUCAUGGAUUUCCUUUUUACCGUUCGAUUGGGAAAUCCGAAAAAGGAUUUGCAAAACUAUUCUCGUGAACAGUGGUCUUCUUUUUGCUAAGUAUGCGUGCGCGUGCAAGACCGCUGUUCUAAAGGACAGUUUUUCAAAUCCUUUUUCGGAUUUCCCAAUCGAACGGUAAAAAUGAAAAUCCAAAAACAGAUAUCUCUUCGUUGAAAUCCAUUUUCGGAUUUCGCGUUCGAUUGCAAAUUCGAAAUCCGGAUUUUAAAAUCUAAAUCUAGAUUUCCCAAUCGAACGCACCCCAUUGGUGUAUACUGUGUCAAGGUCUCUUAAUAGCUUUAUUUCCUUUAUUUCAAUUACAGGUAUCUCUAUACUUCUUUACUUCCUUUCUUUCUGGUUUUGCAAACCAAGUUACGACAAUGAAAGUCAUCAUAGCAGCAAAGAAAUUGGUCGUGAAAAUAUGGCUGACAAUUCAAUGAACGGUGAUGCAUUGGGCAGCACAGAAAGUGCUUUAUAAAGUGGAUAGACCAUCUAGUGAUCGGAGGAAGGACCACUAACCGACAGCCGACACACUUGAUCUGAAUGUUGAGAUAAUGAAAGGGUCAAAGUCAAGAUAAACGUUAUAAAAAGCACUCAAGGUAGAGCAACAAUAAGCCUAUUUGAUUGGAAAUAAUCAAGGAUUUCAUCAGAUGUCAAAAUUUAAAACCUAUACCUUGCAUUUUACAUAAACAGUAUUUUUCUCGCCACAAUUUCACGAUUUCUUUACGUUAUUUGAUAAACUAUACUAGAACUCAUAGAUGAUUUCUUACUAAAGGAUGUGGUCUUCCUAUACAUCCCUGUAGGGUUUUAUUUCUUUUACUUUUUAUUUUUAUUUUUUUGCUGUACUUGUCAUUUGCUCGCGUGAUAUUAUUUUUUAAGCUCUGACUAUUAAUAGGCGUCGGAUUCAUUGCAGCUAGUGAAAAAAAUAGCAUGUACAAGAGGUUUGAAAAUUUGAAGCAGACGCUUUCAAAGGGUUAACAUUUGGGCUUAAGACAUUGAACUUCACCCCAUAUUCAACGAGAAACGUUACAGUAAACAACCGCUAAUAAGAACUUGUGGUUUAAGAGCUCUCUCCUCCGCAUAGGCUCCUGCCGGGUUAGACUUUCAAAAAAGUCCUUCGUCGGAUUUCAUAUGGAGUGUGAGGAAAGACCUCUCGCGACUUCGUCGCUCGCGGUCGGCCGCUUGCGGCCAAAAAAGGCUCGCUCCGCUCGCCAAGAGGUCGACUUGUAGCAAGUCUACUGCCGGGGAUCUCAAUAAAAAUAGCACUAAUUGAAAAAUAGUAAGCG